AUGAGCUCAACGCAAGAUCAAGGUGCCAGGAGUGUACAGAAGCCGAGGAACCGCAAUUUUAGGCGGACGCAAGGCCCUCAAAAUGGGGACAACAAGCGUCCCAGUAGCAGUAGUACCGCUGGCCGUUAUCCUCAAGGUGAAAGUGCUGGGAAGAGUGAUACUGAGGACGAGGACUUGUGUUUGAUUUGUGCUGACAAGGUGGAGUUUGCGGCGGUGACGCCAUGUAACCACAGGGCCUGUCACAAGUGUUCGUUCCGGCAACUAGCUCUAUUUAAGAAACAGAUUUGUUUGAUCUGUAGAAGUGACGUUAAAGAGACUGUAUUCACUGAAGAAAUACACUCUGAGUACAAGAGCUUUGAUGCUACCAAGAAAGUCAUCUUUAAUGAAAAGUUUGGUAUCAGAUUCACGUCUGAGAGAGUCGCUACAGCUACGUUGGGCCUGUUACUUUACAACUGCCGUUUUUGUAAAGACCAAGAGGAUAGGCAGAAAGAUUAUGGGUCAUUCAAACUUUACAAUGAGCAUUUGAAGUCGGGGCACAAUAAAUGCAUAUGUAUGAUUUGUGCGACUCACAAACAUGCAUUCCCUGGCGAACUAAAAGUCUACACCCAAAACCAGUUGCGUAACCAUCAAUCGAGGGGCGAUUCUGAAGGUUUUAAAGGUCAUCCAAUGUGUGCUUUUUGCUCUGGGAAAAGAUUUUACUCGGACGACGAAUUGUACCUGCACAUGAGGGAGAAGCAUGAAAAGUGUCACAUUUGCGAUAAGAUUGAGCCACAUUCGCCUCAAUAUUUCAGAGACUAUGAGCAGCUGUUUGAUCAUUUCAAGGGUUGUCAUUACGCAUGUACUGUGCCCUCUUGUCUGGAUGCAAAGUUCGUUGUGUUUAGAGACGAGUUGGAGUUACAAGCGCAUAUCCUAAAGGAACAUGGUGACAUCAUCAGAGGUAAACCAAAGUUCUUCCAGUCCGAACUGUCAACUUUUAUUUCAGCACCUUCCAGGGUGAUAAGAGAAACCAACGAUUAUGAUAUUGAUCGAUCCAAUUCCCUGGGUAAUAGAGCAAACAAGGAGACUCCAGAAAUGAAGAAGUCUCGAUUGGAAGGUAGAGCAAAACAUUACCUGAAUAAUAAUCAGGAUCAGUUUCGCACAUUUUUAUCCUUCAAUAAGGAUUAUGACAAUAACAAACUAAGAGCCGAAGAUUUAGUAAAUGCGUACAAGACGUUGUUUGUGUCACCAGAAGCGGACGUCUAUGCUUUGAUUCAUAAUUUGGCAGAAACGUACCAUGCGAACUCCCCUAAAUAUAAGGAACUGAACAACAUAUACAACUCGCAUGAACAACAAACAUUAAAGAGAGAUUUACAGCUACCCUCUCUUUCGAGUGAGAAUUUCAGAACCGUAGUAAGUGGAGAGUGGGGUAGUAACGUUGGUGGAGGUAGCGGCAAAAGUUCUGCCAGUAGCAGUAGAACAAACCUUCGAAACUUACCCACUCUAAAAGCACCCGCACCAAAUCAUGACCCUUUCACGUCACCUUAUCAAGUGAAGAAAACGUUUAGCAACACCAGAAAGCCUGUUUUGAAUAACUUGCCAAGUUUAUCAACUCGUCCAACUCCAAAACCUACUCACCCUGGGAGCUCUACUAGCUCUUUGAACUCUGUAGCUCUCAACGAGUCGCUACGAGACUCUCAACCAAAGGGACCUGGAACGAGCAAACCUUACAACAGUUCAAUCAAGAGGGAUAAAUUGGCGGACUUGAAUUUACCGUCGUUACCAACACCAAAACCAAAGGUUUAUAUUCCUCCAGUACAUGAGACUGUCCUUCCAGAUCCCAAACAAUGGGGGAAAACUAGAGGUGAACCCAAAGCUAAGUCUGAAGAUAGUGAUUUGCUCGCGAAUUUGACAAUACGAGACAACGGGAACAGCAAGCGAAAGGGGAAACAGAAGCAACUACUGUUCCACAUUGGUAUGUAG